CGAGUCGGGGCACAGCCACCAUGGGCAGCCACUACAGCACGCUGCGCUACGACGCGACGCAGGUGUGCAUCCGCCCGCAGUUCCUGCCGUUCACGCAGUGCGUCCCGAUGGCCGAGAUCGCGGCGCUCGCCGAGAAGCUGCGGCUGUUGCCGACCACCGCGUUCCUCUCCCUCGAUGAGUUUCGGUCCUGGCUACACAUGGGCAGCACGUUCGACGUCUACACGUUGUACCUCUUCGAGUCGCUCAAGACAACGCGCGAGAGCAAAAAGGUGUACGCGAUGGAGCUCCUCUGUGCGCUGGCUGUCUGCACCUCGACGUCGUCGUCGGCGCCGGCCAAAGUCGAUUUACUCUGCAGCCUCUGCACCCAUCCCGGCGCGCGCACGCUCAGUGAGAGCGAUAUCGCAAUCCUGCUUCUCUCGACGAUCAAUGGACUCCGCAAGCUCACGACGGGCCUCGACGCCGCGUGGCAGCACCACAGCGCACGGGACCUUGGGAAAGAGCUCCUCGCCGACGCGUGGCAAUCGCUCGAGAAGGACGCCAGUACCAUCGCCCGCGACGACUUUGUCGUGUGGUGCCUUCAGCACAAGACGACAUCGUACAUCCUUCGACAUUUUAUUCCAGGAGACAUUUUGAACCCGAGUUUACCGUUGGCGGGCGACCGGCAGCAAGCGCUGUACGCCUCUAUCCUUGCGUCGCUGAGUCCAGACGACGCCGAGCGCGCGGCUGAGUUGGCCAAAAUGGCGGCGUCGACCAAGAUUCAAGCCAUCUACAAGGGCCGGCUCGCGCAGCGCAGUUUCACGCGCCAACGCGACGAGCGCCUCGCACUGCGGCACGCCGCCGCGCAAACCAUUCAAGCGUAUGCGAAGAAGCAAAAGACCGCACAGCAGCUCAUGGCCCGCGCUGUUUUCGAACGCACUGCGUACAACGGCGCUGUCUUGACCUUUGGCGCUGGCCUCUCUCUGGGCAACGGCCACGUUAACAGCCUUCAGACGGCGCCAAAGAUCGUGCCGCGGCUUCAGGGCGCCAAGAGUCUGCGCAUCACCGUCUCGUCAAGCACGACUCUGCUCACGACAGCGACCGAAGGCUUUGCCUGGGGCCACGGGCUGCCGCUGCGCAUUGGCGACGGAACGCAGCUCGUCACAAAAGUACCCUCUGCGAUUGCGCUCAACGUAGCAAUCGUCCAGCAGCUUGCACUGGGCGUGAGCCACUGCCUCGUGCUGGACCGCAUCGGGCGUGUUUUCUCAUGGGGUUUCAACGACCACGGGCAGACGGGGCAUGGGCCAAGCGACGUUCUGGAGGCGCGAACGGGCGCCCGCUACGCCACGUACUUGGACCCGAGGCUGGGGGAGGACGUCGAGUACCUUGACACGCCGCUGCCGCUGGCGUAUUUUGCAGGCCGAGACGCGCAAGCCGCCGAGGCGAUUCCGAUCGCAGCGAUUGCGUGCGGCGACUUCUUCUCGCUCGCUCUGAGUCGCGACGGCGCAGUCUACUCGUGGGGCGAAGGUAACUUCAUGUUCGACGGGCAGCUGGGCCAUGGCACGGCGAGCGACCACCUCGCCGUUGGGUUUGUGGACCGUCGACAGCGCCAGUCUGCUUUUACGUUUGCAAGCGAACCCAAGGCGGUUGCCAACCUGCAGGACAUUGUCGCGAUCGGCUGCAAGGGCAAUCGCUCGGCGGCCUUGGCGCGCGACCAUCAAUUGUACGAAUGGGGGAGCUGGGGGCGCAUGCUCGGCACGGAGCUCCCCCCCGCGUACGCCCCGCAGAUCAAGCACGGUACGCAGCAGUAUGCGCUCGCUAGCUUUGCAUUAGGCCACGAACACACGAUCGCCGACGGGGCGAGUGUCUGGCUGUGCUUACUGCACACGCCGCUCGAAUGUUUCGUGCUCUUGGCGCAGCAUGCGCGGGGCGUCGACCACAUCCGAGCGUUGGUAGCGCCCAUGGAUCUGGCGAUUGUGGACUUGACGUUCGACGAUUACGCCGCGUCACCCGAGGACGAUUGGGGGUCGCUGAGUCCCGAGACAUCCGAAGCGUCGAUCGCGGGCGAGAGUCCUUGGGUGUCGAGUCCGCUUGAUACGUCGUCUGUGACAGACGAUGGCGCGCAUCUCGCGCGAUCGCCAUCGGCGAUCCACAGCUCGAUCAACGCGCUCCUUCAUAAGCUGUGGCGCACGCGAUGUCAAGAAGUGCAGCCAACGGUUGCCCAAUUCCAGCAGCAUCCGUCUCUUCUGCCGCUGCGCUGGUGCCGCGCGGUGAAGGACGAGAGCUUGGACUAUAAGGCGCUUCUGCGCGAGGUGCUCACGGACAUUGGCGGACGGCUCUUGCUCACGUCGGUGGCGCCGCCCGAAGGUUUCUACCUCGAGCUCCUGACCCAAGACGCGAUCCUCCUCGAGCUGCGCGGGAUUCCGUCCAACACGUGUCGCAUGGUUACGAAGCGCGGUCUCUGGACGCACUUUUUGGAUCUGACCGACAUGACAAGCACGGAGCUCCCCCUCGACAAUAGCAUCGUUCUUGUUCGCUUCACCGAGGCUGACCUCGUUGUCAAGGUGCAGCACCUUCGCGAAGAGACGAUCGUGGAGCUGGUGACGGCGUCCAUCGCGCAGAAAGCGCUGACGCUCCAAGAGUAUGGCGUCAUCUCGAUCGUCCUCGCGUUGGACUUUCAUGCGUCAAUGCCGUUUGAGCUCAUGCUACCGGGCGACCUCGGCGUGUACAUUCCGAUUCUCAUGAUUGAUGUGGACCAGUGCAGUCGGCUGCAAGCGGCACUGGUCGCACAAAAGGACGUCACCGCGCGACUCUUCUUCCGUCCCGACCACACGCCAACGAUCUUGGCGACUGCGCUCGAGCUCGGGGCAACCGGCGUCAUUUUGCAGCAGCGGGCGCCGGUUCAUGCACCGACGUUCGAGGGCGACGUCUCCUGUGGCGACGCGACCAUCUACCGCGGGCCACUGGCUGCAUCGCCCCUUGUCGGCACGGUCUCGUAUGCCCACGGUAGCGCUCUCCGGCGUGGCGCCCACUACGACGAUGCGACCAACUUGCUCAUGGCCAAGGUCCAAUUCUGCGUUCGCCCAUACGGUAACAUUUACGCGUGGGGCUGCGCAGCGAACGGCCGUCUCGGUCUCGGGCCUAUUGCCGACGCUAUCGACCUCGACGACGGCUACGACGCGAUGACCGAGACCACGUAUCGCUGGACACUUGAACCAAAGGUCGUGACUGCGCUGAGUGGUCGGGACGUCGUCGAGAUUGCAGCCGGUGGCAGCCAUACGCUGGCGCGGACAAGGCAAGGCCGGGUCUUCUCGUGGGGCCGUGGCGCUCAUGGGCAACUCGGGCACCACGAUACGCACGAUGUGUGGACACCGACACUGAUCCGGCGAUUGGCGUACGAAAACAUCGUCGCAGUGGCUGCCAAUGACACGAGCUCCACCGUCCUCUGCGAAGCGCUCGAUGACGUGGCGUAUGAGCAGCGCCGGAAGGAAAUUGCACUGUUAAAAGCCGCCCACGCCAAGCUUCCGCGCCGACACCACAGCACUCUCUAGUUGCCAUACGCGUAUUUGCUUGUCGAUGGAGCUUAUAUUUUGUCGUUGUU